CCCAGCUGGACCGAGUUACAUAUGCUGAAGAGAAGUGACGAAAUCUCCUUUUAGAUAUUUUUUUGAAGAUUAGAACCAAGGAUUAUCGAGAUAUAAAGAGAUGUUUCGGUAUAUUGGAGCGCGUGGGUGGUCGUCAUACACACAGAUAAAGGGGGCAGUGAGAUGGAUGUGCGACGCGGCAACGAACGCAGGGGAAGCCAAACUUGCAGAAAUUCUCAAGCAACGUUUUCCACAGGCUACUGGCGUUGAAGUUAGAGACAUUUCGGGUGGUUGUGGAGCGAUGUAUGAGGUAUGGGUAGAAGCCCCCGAUUUCAAAGGCCUCUCUCGGGUAAAGCAGCACAAACUGAUCACCCAGACCUUAAAAUCGGAAAUCCAGGAUAUGCACGGCCUCCGUAUCAGCACCACAGUACCAGAGGAGUCAUAGCUAUUACCGUAACUGCAGCUAUUGAACAUUUUACUUAAAUCUCUGACAGCUACUUCUAAAGCAGGUCGAGUGAAGAAUCAAACUUUUAUUUCUCUCUCUUUUGGGAAGAAAAAAAAAAUCAUACAACUUGGAGAUGAAUUAGAAUGCAUUUCAAGUUGAUACCUAUAUAGUUUUUUGUGCAAUUUUUACAUAUUUUUCAUCAUCUUGAAAAUUUACUAUGAAUUGUAAAAAGAAAUGUAAGAGCUUGUUUUUCUUUUGUAAAUAAAUAAUUAUUUUUUUG